GCUCGUCUUGACACGUCUGUUGCUGUUAACUGAGUGCAGUGCACAUUAUCUCGUCUCUCACGCCACAUAUAUCUUAUAGACUUGCACUCCUGUUGGGACACCUGCAGCUUCUAUCGAGAAGCAUUAUACAUAUCGCAUCGUUUUCGAGCUCGUCGAGCGCUUAUAAUAUGGCCACAGCAUUCAUCUUAUUUGUCGCCACUUCCUUAAUGGUGACAGUGGCGUUGGGCCAGCAACGCCCCGUCCCGCCAACGUUCACCAGACCCGCAGUGCAAGGUCGAGGUAUCGCUCAACUGAACUUGGACCCACAGCAACAGGUGCCUCAGCCGUUCCGCAGAGUCUCUUUGCCCCUGUACAGAGGUCGAGGAUUCAGUCUGGAGGGACAGGAACCGAAUAAGCCUCAGGUAACGCAGCAGACUUUCCAGCCGAGACCGGUCGAAAACGUCGACGUUGACCCGGCGGCGGGCAACGACGCGCCCCAGCCCACCAGACAAGCGCCGCAGCACCAGUUUGAGAGAACACAGCAGCAGCAAGUCGACAGGGUCCAACAACAACAACAACACAUUGACAGGAUUCAAGCUCAGCCUGAAAAACAGUUCCCUGGAUUCCAGCCUCAGCCCCAGAUACAACCCAUUGAAUCACAACCAAACUUCGUGAGGAAGGUCGUACAGAGGCCGGUGAAACGCGUACGAGUCACCGAAGAGACGGAAGUUAUUUCUAAAUCUCCGGAAACGAUACAGAGAAUGAAACUUGAACGAACCGAGUCUGCCGACAAACAACGGGCGAAGAAGCCGGUGUCUCAGGUACCAUAUUAUUUAAUUUUGAUUUUUAACACAAUGUAUAGAUAGUAGACACGUUUUAAACCCGUAGAUAUCCGAAUGGAUUGAUAUUAUUCUAGAGACCAUAAUGUAAAUACUUUAUCAUCGUUCCGCUAAUACGUUAUCAUAUCUUUAUAAUCACUCAGGUCUCUCUUAUAGUCCUAUCAACUACUAGGAAUUGGUGUUAUAGUAUUUCUCCACACCAGGCCUCGGAAAUAGGUUAUCUUGAACUGUUGCAGUUGUUAUUAUAUUAUGCACUCUUCUGACAACUGCCUUAAUCCAAGUCAUUGGUCUCAUUCAAAUAACGUAAUAUAGCCCGACAUAGGCUAGCACUGGAGUGUAUCAUAGACGUCGCCUUUUACUUAUACUUCCUCGAUCACUCACUCACUCGGCACUUAGAUAAAAUCCUAUAAUCCGCACGUUUUCCCCGACGCAUAUUCGUGACACAACCGUCUAUUUUUUUUUAAACGUCGUGCUAUCUUAUAUUAUACAGAUACUACUUGACUUUUAGUACAUUUAGUGCUGCAAAUCAAUAAAAUAUGUUUUCAUC